AUGAUUUUCGGUCUCAUCAACCUCAUCACCGUUGUCCUCGGGUUUGGGCUCACCUUCUACUCCGAGGACGACGACCAAUUCCUUUUCGAUUCGUCCAGUAUCCCAGACGACCUACGACAUUGGCCCACUGACACGACGGCCGACAUUCACCCUAUAGCAUGCCACAGUCAUAACGACUACUGGCGCAAAGAGCCGCUCCUUUCUGCACUGUCUGUGGGUUGCGAGAGCGUUGAGGCAGAUGUAUGGCUCCACGAAGGCGAUCUUUUCGUUGGACAUAAUGCUGCAUCAUUGACCACCCAUCGAACUUUACGCUCACUCUAUCUCGAUCCGAUCCUCAGUAUGCUUGACAAGGAAAACCCGAAACAUGCUUUGCAUCCGGAGCUGGACGAGCCUCGCAAUGGCAUCUUCGACACCAAACCCGAGCAGUCUCUCAUCCUCCUUAUCGAUUUCAAGACGUACGCCGACGACACGUUUUCGGCUGUGGCUGCUCAACUCGAACCACUUCGUCAAAGGCAUUACCUGACACAUUUCAACGGGACCGAUGUCGUUCAGGCGCCUCUUACUGUCGUUCUGACGGGGAAUGCGCCGUGGAAUCGCGUUGUUGAAUCCUCAACAUACCGCGACAUGUUCUUUGACGCGCCUCUCGACCUCAUGGCAGACCUUGACGCAAGCUCCGCCACCAUAUCCGAAGCGACAGAUCUCAGUUCUCUGGUUGCCAACCAGAAUGGGACUGCCGAUUCCGACCUGUACGAGACCACCAGAGCUACUUCAGCAGUCGACCAGGGACAAGGCCGCUCGGGCGCGGCGCCUCUCAAUCCAGCCGCCUACUCUCCGGCAAACUCAUAUUUUGCUUCAGUCAGCUUCAAAAAGGCGCUCUUCCACAAGCUUCCACUUCCCUGGCAAUUCCCGUUUCGCUCGACCCUAACCGACGAGCAGCUGGAGAAGAUCAGAGCCAGAUCCGUGGUGCUCACCAGCGAGGUCUGA